CCAUUACUUGGAGACAGUUAGAAUAUAAGACGACCUUGACGACCAUUAUAUAGUGCCAGACUGCUUCCAUUGAUCUCACCAACGUCUACCAUACCAUGAAGCUGCUCACGGGAUGCCUCGCAUGGGCGACCGUGAUUUUACCGUUUGUCGCGGCCCAGGACGCUAAUGUUACUCUUGUCGCAGCAGCUACUGGAUUCGAGGGCGAUAAUGCCAACUUCGUCUACGGCAAGUCGCCUCUAUUGGUUAUCAAUGAUGGGAGUGCUGCCGAUGGUGGCGUCCGGAUAUUCUCUGUCUCCAAUGCCUCGAGCUUCAUGGAGAAGUCGCAUCAAAAGACUGGUCGCUCGAAAAUUGCAGUCGCUGUUCACGACAUCGGUGGCAAAGAUCUGAUCGUCAACAUCCCAGCCCCCGAUUCUCUGAUCAGGGUCUUCGACGCUCAGAUUGGGAAGAUGGUCGAAAGCAAUGGCAAGAAGCAGCUGGGUGACUGGAGUACUGCGUGUGUAUGGCGUAGUGGGAAGAGCGGAGAGAGUUACAUCUUCCUGUUCGGAAAGAAGAUGGUUGUGCAAUUUUUGAUUCGAAGCAACAAAAGCCGAGUCGAGAUUCUGGAGGUUCACACCUUCCCAGUUGCUAUUGAAGGCGAAACCUGCGCUGUAUUCACGAAUGGUCAGGUCUUCUUUUCGGCCGAAGAUCGACCAUUGUACUCUUUCCAGGCGUUAGAGUCUGUUCAGGCACCCGCAAUCAAGACUGUGGCUGAAGACAUCGAAGUGGCGGGGCUUGCUACUUAUCAUAGCGCGUCUGCCGACUAUCUGUUCGUAGCCCACGACGAGGUCAUCGAUGUGUACGAUUCCGACAUCAAGCAGAAGGGAAGCAUCUCAUUGGGCGGUAUCUCUGAUCUCUCUAUUGAGGGUUCGCUCUUCAUCCUUCAAUCUGCAGUGCCUGGGUAUCCAUCUGGCGCAUUCGCAUUCGCUUUCGAGGGAGAAGAUGACACCGGAGUAGCUGUAGGUUCUCUGGACGGCGCGCUUACAGCCUUGGGCAUUAAGCCAAACACCCAGUACAGUCCCAAGAGCAAGGAUUGCAAGCACUGCGAAAGCUCCAUCACCAAGAAGUGCUCCAACAGUGGUUUCGCUUCUGGCAAGGACUGUUCCUGCUUUGCCGGCUUUACAGGCCGCGACUGCUCAAAGACCACCUGCGAAAACGAUUGUUCUGGUCACGGCAAGUGUACCGGCCCAAAUGUCUGCAAAUGCAAAGACGGAUGGACUGGCCCAGACUGUUCGUUCGUUGCAGUCAAGGCGAAAUACGAAACUGAGGCGAACGGUGGAGACGGCGACGAUCCUGCGAUUUGGAUCCACCCCACUCGAUCAGACCAAAGCAAGAUCAUUACGACCACCAAGUCGCAAGAAGGUGAGGGUUUUGGUGUCUUCGAUCUGCAGGGAAAGCUUCUUCAGCAUUUGACGGCUGAGGAGCCAAACAACGUCGAUGUCAUCUACAACUUCACGCUCGGUACCCGGAAGGUCGAUCUGGCGUUUGCCGCAUGCCGAGGUGACAACACCAUGUGCCUAGUGGAAGUGAACAGCACAGGCUACCUCAGCACCAUUUCUGGUGGUAAACAAUCCUUACCGGAAGACUACGAACCCUACGGCUCGUGUAACUACCGUUCCCAGACCACUGGCAAAGAGUACCUUUUCGUCAACAACAAAGAAGCGCAAUACCUGCAGUACGAACUCACCGCAACCGCGAACGGCACCUUACACACCACGCUCGUCCGCGAGUUCCAAGGUGGCUCAGGCGGCCAAGUCGAAGGCUGCGUUGCCGACGAAGGCGCCGGCUAUCUCUUCAUCGGCGAAGAACCACUCGGCAUCUGGCGCUACGAAGCCGAACCCACUGGCUCGAACACCGGUGUUCAAAUUGCACAAGUAGGCGACGCAAGCGGUCUCCACGCCGACGUCGAGGGCAUCACGCUUGUGCCAGCCAAGUCAGGUCCGGGCGGCUACAUCAUCGUCUCGUCGCAGGGCAUCUCGGCAUAUUUGAUCUACGAGCGCGCGCCACCGCACAAGUACGUAGAGACGUUCACUAUCGUUGAUAGCAAGGCGAAGGGUAUCGACCACGUUAGUAACACGGAUGGGUGUGCUGCUGUGGGCAACGCGCUCAACAAGGACUUUCCAAAUGGGCUGUUUGUCACGCAUGACGAUGCUAAUGAGCUGGCUGAAGGGGGUACUGCGAAAGAGGCGAGCUUCAAGUUGGUUAGUCUGGCGGAUAUACUGGGGAAAGAAAGGGUAGCAAAGUUAGGGUAUUAGAGACGGUACCUUAUACAAGGAGGAAACUGGACAGGUCAUAAGAAUAGAUGAAGAUGAAAACCUGCAAAGCGGGUAACUCAACGUCGAUGUAGCCUCCAGG